UCCCUCUUUCGUCACUCUCCCUCACUCUCUCUCCGAAUCACCUCCACGAAAAAAAGCUCCGCAGCGAUUUCUGUGAAACUGUACGACCUCAACCUAGAGAGAGAGAGAGAGAGAUCCAUGUCUCCCUCGGCAGCUCGCCGGCAUCAAUAACCAUUCCACAGAGAGGGAGGGAGAGAGAGAAAGAGAGAUUGGUGUUCGGUUUCAUGUGGAGCUGCCGGAAGUCGGCGUAGUUCGUCACCACCGUUGCGAGAUUUGAAGAUUAUAUAGGCAAUGGAUGCAGGCGUCAAGAACUUAAUAGCAUUAACAAAGGCUUGUUGGAGAAUGGAAGACGGAUUAUCAAGUUUCUGGGGUCCUGUUACAUCCCUUGACUGGUGUGAGAAAAAUUAUGUCCACUCUUCAUAUAUAGGGGAGUUUUUCAACACGGUGUCAAACGUACCUUGCAUACUUUUGGCACUUAUUGGCCUGGUCAAUGCCUUGAGGCAACGUUUCGAGAAGAGAUUCAGUGUCCUUCACUUGUCCAAUGUGAUACUCGCCAUUGGUAGCAUGCUUUACCAUGCUACGCUACAACAUGUUACGCAUCAAGGAGAUGAAACGCCUAUGGUGUGGGAGAUGCUUCUAUACAUCUAUAUUCUGCAUUCACCAGAUUGGCACUACCGAAGUACAAUGCCAACCUUUCUAUUUCUUUAUGGUGCUGCAUUUGCCAUCCUCCAUUCGCUAGUACGCUUUGGAAUUGGCUUUAAAGUACAUUAUGCAAUACUCUGCCUCCUUUGUAUCCCUAGGAUGUACAAGUACUACAUCCACACAGAAGAUGUUGCCACAAAGCGUCUUGCGAAGUUAUAUGUUGCAACCAUAUCUCUCGGCAGUCUAUGUUGGCUCUUUGAUCGUUUGUUAUGCAAGCAAGUCUCUCAGUGGUAUAUCAAUCCCCAGGGUCAUGCUUUGUGGCAUGUCUUAAUGGGGUUCAAUGCCUAUUUUGCAAACACUUUCUUGAUGUUCUGUCGGGCCAAGCAACUGGGAUGGAAUCCAAAAGUUGUUCACUUUUUGGGAGUUCUCCCGUAUGUGAAGAUUCAAAAGCCAAAGACGCAGUGAAAGAUAAAUCAGUUACUGUCUCAAAACCGGAGGUAGCCAGGUAUUGUAUGGUUUGGCAGUAAUGACAACAGGAAUCGCCAUUCUUUACUCCCUUCUAGUCUUAUGCAGAUGGCAAUUGGAUAGUCAUGCAACAGUUUGGGAUUUUUAUUAACUUGAUUUGUGAGCUAGAUUUUUUGUCCGGUACUAGGAUGAAUUAUGUACAUUUUGAAAUCGGUCAUUUUGACAAUGUGGUAAGUGGUAGCACCUACAUGAUUUUAGAUCAAUUUGCAAUUGCUGAUGCUGCUGUUUCCGCUUCGGUAGUUGCAAUCUUGUUUUCA